AUCCAUGGCGAAUAGUAGAGUUCCAGAGCUCGUAUUCAUCCCUGCCCCAGGGGUUGGUCAUAUCAUGUCCACCAUCGAAAUGGCAAAACUACUCGUGAAUCGCGAUCAAACCAUCGCCAUAACCGUUCUUCUCAUUCACCCUCCUUAUUCUUCCUCGGUUCUCACCACCUACAUCCGAUCGUUGUCUACGAACCCUAUCGAACGCAUACGAUUCAUCAAACUCCCUCCAGAUCAAGAAGCCGCAUCGAAGCUCGACCUCAAAGCUCCCUUCACUUCCUUUUAUGGAUUCAUCAACAGUCACCGCAGUUACGUCAGGAAUGUUGUCAUCGACAUGAUGAGUCUACCGGGUUCUGGUCGGAUCGCUGGGUUCGUCGUCGAUAUAUUGUGUACCGGGAUGAUAGAUGUGGCCAAUGAGUUCGGUAUUCCGACCUACGCGUUCUUCACUUCGAAUGCUGCUUUUCUUGGCUUUAAGCUUUAUAUUGACACCCUUUUGAGGGAUCAUAAGCAAGAAGACAUUAUUGAGUGGAGCAAAUCCGAUGGCGAGUUUCGGAUUCCGAGCUUCAUCAAGCCAGUGCCGAUGAUGGCUUAUCCUGUGGUGUACCAGACUCGAGACGGGUUGGACUUUCUUACUAUUUCUAUUCAGAAAUUUAGAGAGGUUAAAGCGAUCAUGGUUAAUACGUUCUUGGAGUUGGAAACCCAUGCAAUGGAGUCUUUUUCUUCGUAUGCUGACUUCCCGCCAGUGUACGCGGUGGGACCCGUGCUCAAUCUCGACGGUGUUGCCGGAAAAGCCGAGGAUAAAGAUGUCAUUCGUUGGUUGGAUGGUCAACCGCCUUCCUCGGUCGUGUUCUUGUGCUUUGGGAGUAUGGGAAGUUUUGAGGAGGUCCAACUAAAGGAGAUAGCGUACGCUUUAGAGCGAAGCGGCAAUCGUUUCGUGUGGUCCUUACGCCGCCCUCCUCCAUCGGAGCAAUCAUUUAAAGCCCUCCCAGACGAUUACGACGAUCCAAGAUCAAUAUUACCAGAUGGGUUCCUAGAGCGAACCAAUGGGUUUGGGAGAGUGAUCGGAUGGGCACCACAAGUGGCAUUGUUGGCUCACGAAGCCGUGGGAGGGUUUGUGUCCCACUGUGGGUGGAACUCGAUGUUGGAGAGUUUGUGGUUUGGCGUACCGACGGGCACAUGGCCGAUGUACACUGAGCAACAGAUGAAUGCAUUUGAGAUGGUGGUGGAGUUGGGAUUGGCGGUGGAUAUUAAACUGGGUUAUAAGGAUAAUGUGUUUCAUCGGGAGGGUGAUACGGUGGUUGUGAAGGCGGAGGAGAUAGAGAGCGGGAUAAGGCGGUUGAUGGCGGAUGAGGAGGUGAGAGCAAAAGUAAAAAGGAUGAGCAAAAUGAGCCGGGUAACGGUGGUUGAAGGUGGUUCAUCGUACGCAUCAGUUGGCCGUCUCAUUCAAGAUUUCGUGGCAUGAAGGAUUGACGACAUGGUUGUUCAAAAGAUUAAUCGAUCUGCAUUCAAGCUAGUCAAGAGAAAGAUGGUUAAGAAUAAAAAGACAAGGCUAUUUAGAGCAUCCAAGAAACACUUGAAAAAGUAAAAAAA